ACGAACAGAUUUCAAUUCAACAGUAAUAAAGUUGAAAUUUCUACAUAAAUUGUUGCAGAACAGAAAUUGAUACACAUGGCAGCAGUGACCAAAAUUUUCAAACGAAAUACUUCUUUAGAGACAAACUUUGUAUUAGAAGCUGUAAGCAUCGCGGCUCUGUACAAAUUUCCAGUUUCGACCUUCAUCUGAAGCCACACGGCCAUACCAACCAAACAGUGCACCAACAGAGUAAAUUUAGCCGGUCAAUUUGCGUUGACCGCUUGCCGUGUCCCUCGUCCGUACGCUCGGGAUUCACCGUGCAAUCCGGCCGGCAGCAAACUUGGCCUCACGCUACAAGAGAACACCUCGAACGGAAUGGAAUGGCAAGGAUUUCGCCUUUCCUGUUUGCCAUCGCUCCCGCUGAUCAACAACAUGGCUGAUGCUGCUUCCCUUCGUGUCCUCGUCUUCCUCCUCGCCGUCUCGAUGUCCUUCCUCCGGCGCACCGUCGCCACGGUCACCGUGGAGGAGGCGUGCAAGCAGUACACGAAGCACCCGGAGUUCUGCGUGACGGCCCUGUCGUCGGCGGACCCGGCGAUGAAGGAGGCGGCCGUACAGGGCGGCCUGCCGGGGCUGGCGGAGCUGUCGCUGUCGCUGGCGGCGCAGCGCGGCGCGGAGACGGUGACGUUCGUGAAGGGCCUGGCCGACAUGCCCGGCGGGAUGCCGCCGGAGUGCCUGCAGGACUGCGUGAGCAAGUUCCAGGAGGCGGUGGCCGACCUGCAGCGGUCCAAGACGGCGAUGCAGGAGUCCAAGGACGCGUCCGCCACCGGCGUGUCGUCGUGGCUGGCGGCGGCGAAGACGGACGGCGACUCGUGCAUGAGUAACUGCCACAGAAUAGAGGGCGGCGGGGAGCUGGUCAUCGUCGACAAGAUCUCGGACCUCAGCAAUAUGUGCUCCAUCGCCCUGUCCCUCGCCGAUGCUUCCGUUCAUAAUCGCAACGCAUGAGAAGACGGAUGCAUGUAUGGUGCAUUAUUGGCACGUGUCUUUUAACCUGUCACACCGUUGUUGCAUUUUUGUUUUCCUAUUCCACUGUACAACAUAGCAAUGACCAAUUUGUACGUGUUAUCAAUGAAUUGUAUACCUCUUCCAGCGAUUUUAAAAAAUAUAU